GCGGCGCUUGGGCGUGGUCGGAAGUUCCGGGUCGGAGGGAACAGGAAGUCGGGACGUGGCCGCCGCAGCGGAGCAGGAGGCGGAGGGCGGGUGGCGGUGGACGAUGGCGGCGGUGCUGAGCUCGGACCGGCUCGAGGUCUCCGUGGACGGGCUGACGCUGAGCCCCAACGCCGAGGAGCCGCUGUGCGAGGCGCGGCCGGGGCCGGGGGACCCCGCGGCGGCGGGGCGGAGCCGAGCGGGCCCGGGCUCGGUGGAGGCCGGCGGGGAGGCGGCGGCGGCGGAGGCGGCGGCGGCGCUGAGCCCGGAGCGGCGUUGGGGCUUCGCGCUGGAGGAGCUCUACGGCCUGGCGCUGCGCUUCUUCAAAGAAAAAGAUGGCAAAGCCUUUCAUCCAACAUAUGAAGAAAAGCUCAAACUUGUUGCACUGCACAAGCAGGUUCUGUUGGGACCUUACAAUCCUGACACUUGCCCUGAAGUUGGAUUCUUUGAUGUGCUGGGGAAUGAUAGAAGGAAGGAAUGGGCUGCCCUUGGAAACAUGUCAAAGCAAGAAGCUAUGACAGAAUUUGUUAAGCUCCUAAAUAGGUGCUGCCACUUGUUCUCAACAUAUGUCACUUCCCAUAAGAUAGAGAAAGAAGAACAAGAAAAGAAAAGAAGAGAAGAGGAAGAACGAAGGCGUCGUGAAGAAGAGGAGCGUGAGCGCUUACAAAAAGAAGAGGAAAAACGUAGGCGAGAGGAAGAAGAAAGACUGAGAAGGGAAGAAGAAGAAAGGAGGAGAAUAGAGGAGGAGCGGCUUCGGAUGGAACAGCAGAAGCAACAGAUAAUGGCAGCACUGAACUCCCAGACCGCCAUUCAGUUCCAGCAGUACGCAGCCCAGCAGUACCCGGGCAACUACGAACAGCAGCAGAUCCUGAUUCGACAGCUCCAAGAACAGCAUUAUCAACAGUACAUGCAGCAGCUAUAUCAAGUCCAGCUUGCACAGCAGCAGGCAGCCUUACAAAAACAGCAGGAGGCAGUAGUGGCAGCAGCAGGGACGCCUCUGACUACUGCAUCGAUGGUGAAUGCGCCUGCCACAGGGGACAUCCCAUCUAUUAAUGGGCAGGCCAGUGCACAUACAGACAGCUCUGAAAAAGAGCUGGAUCCAGAGGCUUUGGAAGAAGCAUUAGAGAACGGACCAAAAGAUUCUGUUCCAGUGAUAGCUGCUCCAUCGAUGUGGACAAGACCCCAGAUAAGAGACUUCAAGGAAAAAAUUCGGCAGGAUGCAGACUCUGUGAUCACAGUCGGCCGAGGAGAAGUGGUUACAGUUAGAGUACCAACUCACGAAGAGGGGUCUUACCUCUUUUGGGAGUUUGCUACAGACAAUUAUGACAUUGGUUUUGGGGUGUAUUUUGAAUGGACAGACUCCCCUAAUACUGCAGUCAGUGUGCAUGUCAGUGAAUCCAGUGAUGAUGAGGAUGAAGAAGAAGAAAAUACUAGCAGUGAAGAAAAAGCCAAAAAGAAUGCCAACAAGCCUCAGCUAGAUGAAAUUGUGCCUGUGUACAGACGAGACUGUCAUGAAGAAGUGUAUGCUGGCAGCCACCAGUACCCAGGGAGAGGAGUUUAUCUCCUUAAAUUUGACAACUCCUACUCUCUAUGGAGGUCAAAAACAGUUUACUACAGAGUUUAUUAUACUAGAUAAAGGUGUGGCUGUUUCUGAUGCUGGGCUGUGCAGAAGAUGUCAUUUUAUUUGGAAUUUUCUUCAAGCAUAACGGAUCCUCUUGAGUCUGUGUUUUAUCCUGUCUGUAUCUGUAUGGUUUGUGUGAACUUUAACAAGUAGACACGGGGAUCUUCCUGCUCCAUGACACUAAUGCAUAUUGCAUUGGGCUUAACACAGGAUCUCCCUAGGCUGUUUGGGUGCUGGAGUUAACCAGCGGAAGUCACUGGCUCCAGUGCUGAAGUCACACCAGUUGCAUCUGUAAAGCCUCAUGUAAAUGGGGGAGGGAUUUGCUGGUUCACUGGCUGGGUGACCUGAUGUUUCCAUGUCUGGAUGCUUUGAAUAACUUGUUAACAGUUAAUUUAAAGGUCCCAUCAAUAACUGGUAGAUUUGGAUGCAGUUUGCUGUGUAGCAAGUUUCUCUUAACUGUAACUGAAUGUCAGAUUUUUACACCAUUAAAACUUGAAACUUUAAGUUGAUGCGGUUUAGAAACAAGUUGUCUCGCUUCUGUCCUCAUUGAAGAAGAAACAUGCAAUUCCUUGAACCAGUGUAAUGACUAAGAUGAGGAUGAACAGUACCCUGAAAGUACAGUGAAUAACCUCUUACUUCUGAAGACUUAAACUGAACAACAGUUAAAGUAUAUGUAACAAGUAGAACCUUAAUCACUCUGCCCUGCUGCUAACCCUAGAAUUAUAAGUCUUUUUUUUUUUUUUUUUUUUUUUUUUUUUUUUUGAAGGAAUUGACUUUGAACCAGGGCACAAUUUUUUUUUAAUGGGGUACACUUUAAAACUGAAAUCAGUUUUCUGCACAACUUUCUGAUGUGUCUUUUUUGUAAACCUGAGUGAACGCAUUGUGCAUCUGAAGAAUAGUAAAUCACUUUGGUAAAGUGUAGGAAUUAAUGUUGCACUAAUUAUGGAAAUCACUGCCAGUCCAUUUUAGUCUGAACUGGUGGUUCUGCAGUGCAAACUUUCUGCUUUAAUCUGUAACUUUGGGCAGAAAGCCAAAAUGCACAUACAGAUAUUUAAUAAUGUAGCUUUAAUUCUCAAUUUCAUAUGUACGGAUGGGGCAUUUUCAUAUAUUUUGUGUAGUGGAAAAAUGCAGAUGGUUACUUGGCUUGUAGAUGCAGUAAUAAUCCACUGUCCUUGGAGCCCUGCACCCAAGGGGUGAUGAUUGCAAGGAUGACUUGUAUAAAUGCUCUCUGCGUGGGUAACGCACUUUGUUACUGGAAGAAAUCUGUUGCUUUGGGUCUGUCUGAUUGGUUCUUGCAGUAAGAUUUCCAUUGAUUAGCUGCAGCAUGUACAGUUCUACAGCAAAUGAUGUCGUGUUCGGGGGACUUGUUUGAAUAAUCAGUUUGUACAUACAUGAUAGUUUACUUUUCUCAUACCAACUGUGGAGAUACUUCUCCUAGAGCGCUUAACUUGUCAUCUUGCGUUUGGUUCAGCAACACCAUACCAGCUUAUAGCUAGUUAGUGCUGCUUUAUCCAAAAACACUGUACGAUGUUCUGCUCUUGUGUACAUACAGUAUAUAAACCAUGAAUUUAGAAAGUACCUUGCUUUUAAAGAAAACUGUAUUUAAUGUAAAAAAAAAGAAAAAAAAGAAAACUUUUAAAAAGGCAGGCACUAAUAUAUUUCUUCCAGUCUUCAAUUUAGAUUUUUGUCCAUACAAAAAUGUUAUGACUUUUUCCUCUAAGAAUAACUGUUCUUGGGAGUGGUGUUUGUUGCUUUAAAUGGCAGCACUUACUGUCAUGUGUUGGAUGUUAGAACUUUUACGUUUCCAGACUUUUUUUAUUGCCUCUGGCUGUUGAUUAGUACAGUACAAGUGCGAUUUCAAAAUACCUUGAGAUAGUAUUUAAUCUUAAUUAAAAUACAUUUAUCUGUAA